AUGACGAUUACGUCAUCCACCAAUUCCCAAACCGCUGGUUCUGGUACCAGCACCGGAUCAUCUAAUUCACUCUCCAGUUUCCUUUCUACCUUGGUACCCGUGGCCGCACAAGCUAUCGCCUUUACCGCAGUUUUCUUCCUCAUUCGCAGCAAAUUCAAGCGCGUAUAUCGUCCUCGAACGUAUCUCGACACUCUCUACGAUGGGGAGAAGUCACAUCCAUUGCCAGAUAAGAAGUUCGGCUGGUUGAGCACCUUCAAGUCUAUUCCCGAUGAGCAUGUUCUCAACCAUCAGUCACUCGAUGGAUACCUUUACCUGCGAUUUUUGAAGAUUCUGGCAGUCAUCUGUUUUGCCGGCUCGUGCCUUACGUUCCCUGUGUUGUUCCCUGUUAAUGCGACGGGUGGUGGCGGGCAAACGCAACUUGAUCUUCUUUCGUUCUCCAAUAUCAACGAUCAGCAAAAGAAUCGAUACUAUGCGCAUGUGUUCUGUGGCUGGAUCUUCUUUGCUUUCGUGAUGUGGAUCGUCACUCGAGAGACAAUUUACUUCAUCAACUUACGCCACGCAUACCUCCUCGCCCCAUUCAACGCUUCCAGGAUUUCCUCCCGGACCGUCCUGUUUACUGAUGUUCCAGCCGAGUUUCUCAACGUGAACAAACUCCAGGAGGUUUUCGCAGGCGGUGUACAACGCGCAUGGCUUGCUACGGACUGUGGUGAUUUGGAAGACUUGGUCGAGGAGCGAGACGAACAUGCUUUUAAACUUGAGGCGGCUGAGAUCAAAAUCUGCCAGGUGGCCAAUAAGCGACGACUGAAGUGGACGAAGAAGAACGACAAACGAUUGAAUGCUACCGCGAGUAAUGAGGAAAGGGCAAUGCCAGGAUCUCAAUUCCAGAAGGACAAGGAUCGCCCAACUCAAAGAUUGGGAAAGAUUCCUUGUAUUGGACACAAGGUUGAUACCAUCGAAUACACUCGCAGCGAACUCAAACGACUCAAUCCCGAGAUUGAAAGACAGCAAUACGCGCAUCAGCACUUUGAUGCUAAGAUCUUGCCAUCUGUAUUUGUCGAAUUCACAUCGCAGCACACUGCUUGGACGGCAUACAGAAGAAUGACCCCAAAGAAGAAUCCUAAGAUGUAUCCUCGUGCGGUAUCUAUGACGCCGUCCGAUGUCAUUUGGCAAAACCUCCGAAUUACCAAGAAGGAACGCAUUCCGAGAAAAAUUGCUACUAACACUUUCCUGACUCUGAUGAUCAUCUUCUGGUCUAUUCCGGUUGCUGUUGUCGGUGCUAUCAGUAACAUCAAUUAUCUGACGGAUAAAGUUCCAUUCUUAAGCUUCAUCAAUAGCAUACCAGAGGUCAUUCUGGGUGUUGUCACUGGACUAUUGCCAUCAAUUUUGCUUUCUAUUUUGAUGGCUUUGGUGCCUAUUGUUUGUCGAUUCAUGAUGAAACAAAGUGGUGAAGUCACUCAUCCAGCAGUCGAACUCAAAACUCAGAACUGGUAUAUGGCAUUCCAAGUCAUUCAAGUUUUCCUCAUCACCACUUUCUCUUCUGGAGCCGCCUCUGUCGUAACCCAGAUCAUCAACGAACCAGGUAGCGCUACCACACUUCUUGCAGAGAAUUUACCUAAAGCUUCGAACUUUUACAUUUCAUACAUCAUUGUUCAGUGUCUCGGAUUGGCGGCUGGACAGCUGCUAAGCAUUGGACCUCUCGUCAUGAUCACCGUUGUUGGAAAGUUCUUGGACAAGUCACCCAGAAAGAUGUAUAAUCGUUAUAUCAAUCUUGCCGGUUUACAAUGGGGCUCACUAUAUCCUCGAUUCGGCAAUUUAGGCAUCAUUGCCAUCACAUACUCGAUCAUUGCACCACUCGUAAUGGGAUUUGCCGCAGUCGGCUUUGCACUCGUAUAUUUCGCCGUCAGAUACAAUUCAAUGUUCGUCGUCAAUAACAACAUCGACACCAAGGGCCUCGCCUACGCAAAAGCUCUCCAACAACUCAUGGUUGGUAUCUAUCUUUCCGAGAUCUGUCUAAUCGGCCUCUUUGCCAUCAACACUGCUCCCGGCCCAAUCGUUCUCAUGGCAGUCUUCCUCGUCGGAACCAUCAUCUACCACAUCAUGCUUCGAUCAGCAUUAGGACCCCUCACCACCUACCUUCCCGAAUCCAUGGACGGCAAAGCCCAAGCCGACCUCCUCCACAUCAGACACGCCAAUUUCGACGCCACCCACAGUAAUACUCCUCCAAGCGAAGUAUCACAAACCCCCCUCGCACCUACUAAGAAAUCCUCCUUCCUCGCCAAGCUCUUCAACCCCGCGAAAUUCGCCUCUCACGCUAAAGUCCAGGCCCUCGUCCCGAACUGGGAGCCCCCGCAUUACGCGCACGAAGACGCCGAUAUGGCGUACUAUAACCCGUGUAUCGCGCGCCCGCCGCCGACGCUCUGGAUCGUCCAGGAUGAGAUGGGGAUUAGUGCGAGAGAAGUUAGGGAGUCGAGGGAGGUGAUUGGCAUCUCGGAUGAGUUUGCGCGGUUUGAGGGCGAGAAGGGGAAGGUGGUUUGGGAUUCGCCCGAGGAGGGGGGACGGUUGACGGAUAUGCCGAUUUAUGAGAAGAGGGUUGAUUAUUAG